AUGCGUUCCACUACUACUGUCGCCGCUUUGGCCGCUCUCUCAGCAACUGAGGCUUCUUUUACUUCCAACCUUAAGAACAUGUUUUCGCUCUCUUCCAGCGAAGAGCAGCAGCAACUCUUGGGCGCCAUCGACCUUGCCUCUGAAGACCCCGCCUACAAGCGUCUCCACUGCCCUGGCAACUCUCCCUUCUCUUGCUCCAUCCCUGCCGCUGCUGACUCGUGCUGCUACGAGGCCACCAACGGUGUCUUUGUUGCUUCCCAGAAGUGGGAGUCUGGCGUCGGCCCCUUCAACCUCUUUACCAACAAUGGUCUUUCCGCCCACAAGUGCUCUGGUGGUGCUUCUCAAUACUGCGAUUCUUCCCGUGAGAUUGGCAAUGCUACUGAGGUCCUUGAGACUCUUGGCUACAAGUCUUUGAUUGCUGAGCUUGCCAGAUCUUGGUCCACUGAUGAGGAGGCCUGGACUCAUGCUUACAACAAACACGCUACUUGCAUGGCCACCCUCAACUCCAACUGUUACGGUGAAUUUGAGCGUGAGAACCAGAACGUUGCUGACUACUUCACUGCUUCUGUCAACCUUCAGCGCCGUCUCCCCACUUACUACUUCCUCCAGCGCGCUGGCAUUGUUCCUUCUUCUACCGAGAAGGUUUCUAAGGAUGCUGUCCUUGCUGCUCUCAAGGGCUUUGGCUACGGCCACGAUGUUUACCUCAAGUGUGAGAAUGGUGCUCUUUCUGAGGUCCGCUACUACUUCACUGUCAGAGGCUCUGUCUCUGCUGGCAGAUUUGUUGCCAUUGAUGCCGAUAAGGCUUCUGACUGCCCUGCCGAGUUCUGGUACUCUCCUAAGGAAACCGUUGCUGAGCCUUCUGAGGGUGAGGAGGAGCUCCUUAACCUUGCUGCCACUCCUGAUGCUUUCCCUGGUGCCCCUGAAGCUCCUGGCCUUGCUCCUACUGGUCACCUCAUCACUGAUAUGAUGCCUGGCUGCCUCGACAACAACGGUACUUGGUUUGUGGGUGGUCUUUGCGGUAACUUCACCAAGACUCUCCUUCCUUCUGGCAACAUCACUCUUACUACUCUUACUGGUAACUGUGCUCUCAACGAUACUGGCUUCUUCUCUUGCGGUCCCCAAAACAUUGAGGCCACUUCUUUCAACUUCACCACUUUUGGAUUCUUCUUCAAGGAGCUUGGAUUUGUUUCUGGCUACUACGAUGAGUUCUGGAGCGCUGUCGACAAGCCCAGCAGCGGCAAGAAGGCUCUUGUUCCUCCUACUUCUCAGCAGAUUUCUGUUGGUGCCAACUCUUCUGGUACCAUCAACUUCAGACUCAAGUACGUCCCUCAGAAGUUGGCUUCUCUUGAUGCUUAA